GGCGUGUUGUAGGUUAGGUGGAUGGGUAUUAGCGAGGAUGAUGUUUUGAGAAGAAACAAAUUUUUCGGUGAGAUGAUUGCUGAUGCGAGAGAUGUUUCAUGGUGGCGAUUUUUGUGGCUUUUGGUGUGGUUUGGGAUGCUGCUCGUCAGAGAGUUUGGGGGAAAUACGAUGUACGAUGAGUGCGAGGAGUACUGAUGUUUGUGAUGCACGGGUUUGUGUGGAUGAAUUUGGGAUUGGUAGGAGGAUCCUGGAUCUCGGAUAUCGGAUACGUAUUGCAUUUUGACUCGAGAAGUCGUGACACAUUGUUUUAUUUAAAAUUGACAGGUUCAAUUCAUUUCCGCGACAACUUUCACACAUACAUACAUACAAACUUAUCUAAUUCUCUCGCCACACACUGAUCUACACAUCUAUAUACCCCUAAUCAAUAUCCAAAAUGCAUACACAAAGUCUCUACACCUACGCGCUGGUCGCAUUCGCUAGCUCCGUUCUCGCGGCUCCGGUGGGAACAUCCGGGACACUUGCAUCUGCUUCCGUAUCCAAGAAGCUGGAAGCUCGAGAACCUUUUGUGGUAUAUGGGAAAUCUUUUGAGGAGAACACAAGUGCUUCGUUUGAGAGGGAGAGACGCGUGGAUGGAUUCGCACUCCCGAUAUCAAAAACUACAGUACUCACAAGAGGAAACGAGGGGGCUUCGGGACCGCCUCCUAAUGGUCCGUCGUCGGGAUCGAAUAAUGGAAAUGGGAAUGGAAAUGGGAAUGGAAAUAGGCCACCGCCGGGACCACCUCCUUCGAAUGGAUCGAGCAAUAGCGGGGGAUCACCCCCUGGACCACCUCCUUCGAAUAGACCAAAUAACAGCGGGGGACCACCCCCUGGACCACCUCCUUCAUCAAGCGGGCCGGGCAACAGUGGUUCGAAUGGAAAUGGGAAUAGACCUCCUCCUGGGCCUCCUCCCUCGAAUGGAUCAAAUAAUGGUGGGGGACCUCCUCCCGGACCUCCCCCUUCGUCAAAUGGGCAGGGUAAUAAUGGACCUAGCUCGGGAGGCCCUAGUGGGGGAUCGAACGGACCUUCGAACGGAGGACCAAGUGGAGGAUCAGGCGGGAAUCGUUCAUAAGGGAUUAAUUUGAGAGCGUGGUACAGAGGCAUAGAGGAAGAGAGGACUGAGGUUCUGUUGAAUUCGAGAAUGUUUAUUCAAAUUAAUGUAUUAUUUUGUUGAGGAUGGUACUUGAUACGCUGAGCGAGUGUAUGCAUAGAUGGGGAAAAUAAGCGAGAAUAGAAGAGGUAUUAAUUUAUAUCGGAUGUAAAUUUUUUUAAUAGAUAUAGAAACAGACAUAGAUAUAGAAACAGAUAUAGAGAUAGAAACAGAUAUAGAAAUAGACAAUACAGAAUUA